AUGGCGAAAGGGCUGGAGCACAAGUCAUACGAGGAGAGGCCGAGGGAGCUGGGGUUGUUCAGCCUGGAGAAAAGAAGGCACAGGGGUGAUAUUAUCACUCUCGACAACUCCCAGAGAGGACCUUGCAGCCGCGAGUGGGGGGCGGGUCUCUUCUCCGAGGCACAGGAGAGAGAACAUACUCUCCAGCAGCGCCACGGGAGGGUGACCCUGACCAAACCCACCUUCUGCCACUACUGCACCGACUUCAUCUGGGGGCUGGCCGGCUACCAGUGCGAGGUUUGCAACUUCAUGUCUCAUGAAAAGUGCCUCAAGAAUAUCAAGAUACCAUGCUCAUGUAUUGCUCCCAGCCUUGUGAGGGUUCCAGUUGCACACUGUUUUGGGCCUCCAGGACAUUACAAAAGAAAGUUUUGCACUGUGUGCAGGAAGUCCCUGGAGUCUCCUGCCUUUCGAUGUGAAGUUUGUGAGCUACAUGUGCACACAGACUGUAUCCUGUUUGCUUGCAGUGACUGCCGGCAGUGUCACCAGGAUGGGCACCUGGACCAUGAUACUUACCACCAUCACUGGAGGGAGGGAAACCUUUCUUCAGGUGCUCGUUGUGAAAUUUGCAAAAAAACCUGUGGAUCUUCUGAGGUGCUCUCUGGCAUGAGAUGUGAAUGGUGUGGCAUCAUGGCUCAUGCUGCUUGCUAUGUAAUUGUCACACCAGAAUGUACCUUUGGAAGAUUGAGGAAUAUGAUUCUUCCUCCAAGUUGUGUUCAGUUGUUUUCUCGCAACUUCAGCAAAUUGCAUUGUUUUCGAAUAUCGGAAAAUUUGCAUACAGAAUCAGAUGAGGAUGAUGAUGUUGAUGGGUCAACACAAGGAUCAACAAAAGAUAUCCAAAUUUCAACCGAUUCAAGUAAACAAACACUCAAGAUAUUUGAUGGGAAUGAUGCAGUGAAACGCAAUCAAUUUCGACUAAUUUCAGUUCCAAGGAUUGCAAAAAAUGAAGAAGUUGUGGAGGCUGCUUUGAGGGCGUACUACAUAAAUGAUGACCAGCAGGAGUAUGAGCUUCAGACCUUUACGCAGCAGGUGCUGCUCUCUGAUGAUGUUAUCAACAGGAAUGAUGCUGCAGAGGACAGCAACUUGGGCUCAGUAUUCCGAGAAUCUGUUCCUGAAGCUUGGAUCAUCAGAGCCAAACCAAAGGACGAGGAAGUAAUCAGAAUUUAUCCUGCCUGGCUCAAGGUAGGAAUGGCAUAUGUUUCUCUACGAGUAAAUAAGGAUAGCACUGUGCAGACUGUGAUCAAAGAAGUGCUGCCAUUACUUGGAAGGCAGACAGAGUGCCUCCAGAAUUUCAAACUGGUGGAAGUGCUUAUGGGCAGUAAGCAAGUUCAGCGUAUGGUCUUGGACAAUCAGGAACUGAUUCUUAACAGACUCAAGGACAUAAGAAAGACUUCAAUACGUCAGAUGAAUCAAACAAGAUUUUACAUUGUAGAAAACAGUAAAUCAAUUGUACAAGUAAAUUUAUUUGUUGGUGGCCUUCCACCCCAACUUUCCCCUGAAGAAUACACAAAUAUUCUCAAGGAAGAAUUAGCUAUCAAAACAAAUGUAGUAUCUGUGAGUCAUGUUUAUCAAGCACAAGGUGCUGUUGUACUCCAAAUUUCAUGUUUUUCUGAAGCUGAAAGAAUAUAUAUGCUAGUUAAAGAUACUGUUGUCAAUGACAAGCCUCUGAAUGCUGUGGUGAUUCCUGCAGUUAUGGCUUCCAAGAUACCACAGAAUUGCUGCCCACUUCUUGUAUUUGUGAAUCCAAAAAGUGGUGGUCUCAAAGGUCGGGAUCUGCUGUACAGUUUUAGAAAGCUGUUAAACCCACAUCAAGUCUUUGAACUUACCAAUGGGGGCCCACUGCCUGGGUUUCACACAUUUUCCAAAGUCCCCUCCUUCCGAGUGCUGGUGUGUGGAGGUGACGGCACCGUUGGCUGGGUCCUUGGUGCACUCGAGGAGAUCAGGCACAAGCUGGUGUGCUCAGAGCCCUCAGUUGCCAUCUUACCUUUAGGAACAGGUAAUGAUUUGGGGAGGGUCUUGCGCUGGGGAGCUGGCUACAGUGGGGAGGACCCAUACUCCAUUUUGGUUUCUGUGGAUGAGGCGGAUGAUGUUCUCAUGGAUCGCUGGACUAUCCUUUUGGAUGCAGAAGAGCCAGCUGAAGGUGCAGAAAAUGGCAUUGCGGAACCUGAGCCUCCCAAGAUUGUACAGAUGAACAAUUACUGUGGUCUUGGCAUUGAUGCAGAGUUGAGCUUGGACUUUCAUCAUGCUAGAGAAGAAGAACCAGGGAAAUUUAAUAGCAGGUUUCACAACAAGGGAGUUUACGUGAAAGUUGGGCUGCAGAAGAUAAGUCACACUAGAAACCUUCACAAGGACAUAAAGCUGCAAGUGGACCAGCACGAGGUGGAAUUACCAAGUAUAGAAGGACUCAUUUUUAUUAAUAUACCCAGCUGGGGCUCUGGAGCUGACCUCUGGGGGUCUGAGAGUGACAACCGCUUUGAGAAACCACGCAUCGAUGACGGCCUGCUGGAAGUGGUUGGUGUGACUGGUGUCGUUCACAUGGGUCAAGUCCAAGGUGGUUUUCGAUCAGGAAUCCGCAUAGCCCAAGGCUCAUAUUUCCGUGUAACACUUCUAAAGCCAAUUCCAGUUCAAGUUGAUGGAGAGCCCUGGAUUCAGGCCCCUGGCCAGAUUAUAAUUUCUGCUGCAGGACCAAAGGUCCAUAUGUUAAAAAAAUCCAAGCAGAAGCAGAAAAAAACUGGAAGCCUGAAAGAGAUGAAAGUGGAUAGCCUGACAGUCUCUGAAGGAGGACGCUAAGAGGAGACCUGUGUUCGUGCCUAUGGUAGAUACCACCCUGGUCCCGUAAAACCGAGUGCAGACAAGUCAUGAAGAGUGUUGCCUAUGAGCGUGCCUUUCAUUACAUUUUGGUAGUACUGGGUUCUUCUUUGUCUUUCAAGGAUAGUACCUCAUUGUCACAAAUAACUAUUAUGCAUCACUUGUCUCGUCUGAAAUGUUUACUUGGGGUUGCUUUUCUGUAAGCUGUUUCCCAGCCAAAUAGAGAUUCCAAGAUGCUGAGAUUUCUGCAUUUGCCUUCAUGAAAAAUCCUGCCCUCUUCCCAGUUCAUCCUAAAAGAAAAUCAUUCCAUAUAUAAUUUUUAAUUGUUCAGUAACUUAAAAUGUUUUUUUUUAAUUAAUGCUCACAAUAGCAUCCUAACCAAAAAAAGGCAGAAACAUGAGCUGCUAAGAACUCCUUACAUUAGUCCAGCUAACAGUUGAAACAGUACAAGUGUAAAGAGAAAAAACACAAAACACAGGAGAGAUUAUUUCUGUUUAAAGUAUCCCAGUACACUGGGAAGAGAGAAGUGCUAGAACAGUUGAGUCAAAAUAUUUCUGAGUAUUUACUUCAACAGUAUUUGGACAGCAUGAAUGAAGGAGAAACAGCCUGUAGAGCAAUUUUUCAACUGUAGCUUAGUUUCUCGUUAUUCAGCCAAAGCCUGUUUUAAAAGGCAUUUGAAUUUCAUCAGCUACAACUCUCAAAAUAAAAAAGAAUACCUGGGGCAGUAGUAUGUUAUACCAAUUCUUUUCUAUCACUGAAACCAAUACCUUUGACACCAGACUUUUUUGUCUUGACUUUACUGGUAUUGUUUAAUUUUCAUUAAUUUGGAGUGUUAUACAACAGCAAGCUCAAGAAUCAUCAUUAAUUAGGUUAAAAGAAGUACCACUUAGUGUUCAAUUAAGUAAAUUAGCACAGUCAUACGUUAGAACUGAUACACAGCAUAGCUUAGCUGAGGAGCCUUAGCAGAUAUUGAAGCCUGUAGUGUGCAUCUAACAUGCUUUAGGCUUCAAAUAACUGGGAAUGUGAGAGGCAUCAUGAAAAUUCACUUACCUCGUCAGGCUUCUCAAGUCUUUGUGGGAGUUGUUAUUAGGCGUGGGUCCAGGGACACAGUGACUGUUCUUUUCUCACUUCAAUGAAUGUGUGCUCUGCAGAGGCUCUUUUUCAAUCAGUUCCUGUGAGGCCAAGACCACUUCUCUGUGCUUACCCAUCUGUGGAAGGUGUGGAGAUCCAGUACUUUUGCCGUUUCAUGCUGGAGACUGGUGCAGCUGUGCUGGUCCUGCCAUACACUCUGUAUCUGCUAUCCAUAGCUGUAGUCAUGUUCUUCACUCACAGCUCUGCCGUCUCAUCUCACUGUGGUUCCCCAGGGACUGAACCUUUUACUUUUGGUCAACAUCAUACACAAAGGGCUCUGUGAGCUACUUGUGGGCAGGGGUUGGGACCUGCAAGGUUUUGCCACUUGUAUGCAUCUGUUGCUUGGAGCUGCUUAAGCCACGUUGGCUAGAGCCCACUUAGCCAUAUGGUGGGCUUACUUGUCCUCUGUUGCACAGUAAUAACUGUUUCAGUUGUGGGUGGCAUGAAUUCAUCACUUGAGUGUCAGCCUUAGGAGCAUUCCUCUUGCCAGUGUAUCUAGCAAAACAUCUCUAGCUGCUUCAGGGAACUUAAGUGUAACUCUGAAAUACACAAAAGCUGUUUUGUGAUGGAGUCAGUUGAGGCAGUUCUUGCUGGGUCUUGUUGAUGAGUCUGUACUCUCAGCACUUUGCCAGCUUCAGCAAGAGCUGAUCAUUACAUGUGCUUUCUACUUUCCAGUCAUGGUGCAACGAGGGUCUGAAUGUCAUCUAUAGCAACAGAAUGAUGCAGCUGAAGCUAUAAAGAGAUAAAAAAUAGCUAUAGAAAAAUGUCAGAUGCCUAAAGCUUCUCCUUUCAAUCUAGUGAUUCCUUCUCCGUUUUCUGGUAGAGAUGCAGUUGGAGGAAUGACUUUUGUUUUCAGUGAAACCUUUUCUUAAUUGUUUAAAUUCUGAAUUUAAAUUUGGGGAUGUUCUUCAGGUCCCACAGUGUGGACUACAACUUAAUUUUUAUUCAAAAUGCAAACUGGAUUCAUGCUAUGAAGGAAAUAGUUUGGAUAGUACAGAGCUAAAAGCCUUAUCUUUCUGAUCAUUAAACACAGGGUUGUCUUCUUUAGAACCUGGACAUGAGGGGUCUGCCUCUUCUGGCAUCCUGGUUCCAGCUUUACAAGUAGGGAACAUGAAGUGUUUUUAGGAUGUGCACUCUCUGAAUGAAGUUCACAAAUUAGAGAGGAGAUCUGGAAUAGGCUGCUGCUUCAUAAUUGCCCAGAAAGACAAAGAAACUGCUUUGUAUCCUUGGGGCAGCAGAAAGAAUGCAUGGUCUACUUUCCAGUUGCUGACUCGGUAGUGGAAGCUGGGCUUUUUGUUACAGAAAACCUGCAUAAAUUUUAAGAUUGCUGGUACUGACUGUCUUCUGCAGCCCAAAUAAAUAACCCCAUCUUACUGAUUUUCCAGACAUAUAUAAUCCUGCAGCAUGUAGCUGACGCUGUUUCAAGUUCUUGGCUUGUUAAGGACCUGACUGUCUCUCCUUUUGCUCUGUAUCCGUUAUCUGAAAUAACAUUAAAUUCAUAGGUCACAAUAUUUUAAUCAGAGGGCCCCUUGCUGUGGCAUAUUCUUCCUGAAGAUUUCCUAUCCCUGGAACUCAGUACAAGCCUGUUUUGGGAUAGCAUCAUGGUAGCAAUGUGACACUGAAGUAUGAGUGUAAUCUCUUACCAGCUUCCAGAGGGGGUUCUGGCAGAGGACAAGAAGGCUUUGAGUUUUGUUUUUCUUCCCCUUUUUUUCCAGAAACCAACUGCCAUAUAUUUGAGCAGAUGAGUGCCACACUGAAAUGAAAACAUAGCUUAAGAAAAACACACUUGGUAUAUAAGUCCUCUGUGCAUGAAAAGAUGAAGCUUAAUGUGUUUUGAUGACAAAACAGAUUCCAGCUGAGGUAGCAAACCCCCUGUAAAACUUUUAAAAGGAGAAACUCACUCAUUAACUCCACUAUUAAGAUGUUCUAGUUUCAUGUUCUGUGAAGGACAUUAUAUCAAGAAUAUACGUAUGUGUGUGUGUAUUUUUUUCCUCACAUUUUCAUUGCAUAUGGUUUCUGAGAAGGCCUAGUAUUUUCUUGCAUGGCCUGCAUGAAGGGAGAGGAUAAGACAAUUCUUUGCAAUUAAUACAAAACAUUUAGACUUAGCCUUUCCACUGAACAUAACAAUGCACUAUUAUUUAUGUGACAGUGGGCAGAUAGAUGUUUCUCCAUACUGUUUUGAGUAGUAUUGUCUGAGAACCUAGUGGUCACAUGGCCAAGUACUUCAAAUAAUGCAGAAACUAAAGUGUUGGAGAAGAGGUUCUUUCAAGACGGGAGUUAAGUAACAUCAGGCACACAGGACCAGGAACUGUAACUGUGGACAGGGAAGAGAUGCAGGCUCUUUACUAUCCUGAGCACACUCCUUCAUCCUCUCUCCACUGCCUUUUUAUCUUGCUUAUACACCUUGGCAGGCACUAAUAGCACAACUAGCAUCUCUCCUGCUGAGGUACACUCUCCUGACCUUUUACUAGUGUCCUACUUAGGCACUGCCAGCACUGGGGAGAGAAAGGUCCUGAAAACUCUGGUUCCUUUCAAAUACCCCAAUGUUGCAGAUUAGUGCAGGUGGUCAGUUGAUUAAAAUCUAUUUUGAUGAAUAAAUGCAUUACCUCUCCCUUGAAUUAGCAGAACCAAAAUUCAAAAGCUCAUCCCUGAGAUACGGGUGCUACUCCAGAAAAUUUGCUGCUUUUUUCCCCAUGGCUUUACCCUUGAUUUGUACAGUUUAAAUUGCUGGUGUUUUCACUGCAUCGAUUUUUAGAUGAAAUGAUUAUUUUGCCAAAAGCCUUUUGUUUAUAUAUGUGUACAUAUGUACGUGCACAUUCAUGUGUGUACAUACACGUGAACACACUCUUUAAGAAUACGCCUUAUUGUAUUUCCUUCCACAGUGCCUAAUUAUACAGCUUUUGCCCUGUUACAGCAUUCUGAUAGCACUCACUUCUGGAUCUUUCUCUCACUGGUUUUGGACAUGAGGCAGGACUUGCACUUUCCAACAAGAUGUGAUGGCAAUAUAGUGAAAGCACAACUGUUUUUAGAGUACAGUGUCUGCAUUUAUGCAGUGUGAGCUCCGCUUGCUGUUUCUAGAUUUUAGUCAAGUAUCUGUGUGCCUAAAACCAAUGGCAAUGGCUAUUGUAGCAUUUUAAAAACUAGGAAGAAGCUGUCACUGCAAGACUUAACUAAGGAACAAAACUAAAUUAGCUGUCACAGAAAAUUGUUGUAAGUCUUCACAGUUACCCUCUUACAAAUAAUGUAUGGAUUUCGUUUCUUUAAAGAGCAAAUAAUGUACUUGAUUUGAAAAUCAGCUGUUUCGAAUUGCUCAGCAUUUAUACAUGCAUGUGAUUCUGUAGCAGUCUGUUGGCAUAUAAACAUCAUUAUCAAAUGAAACCUUUUUGUGGGAGGAGAAGGUAAGAGGAGCUGUUGUGACACUUAAAAAGGGCUUACGUUGAAGAUGCAGAUUUGGUUACAUAUGUAUUUAAUAAUGUACCAACUGUAGGUAUGCUCUGUCUUGCAUAGUCCGUAUUCCAUAUUCCAGCACCGGUAUUGGGGGCUCAUGGGAGCUGUGCACUGGCAGAAGAUACUCUUUCAGUCUGCACCCCAUAAGUCUUCCUUACCACUUUAAGAGUGACUGUACAUCUUCCUCUUUCUGUCAGGCUGCCCUUUGGGCCUAGCUCUGUACCAAAACUGGUAAUGAAGGUAUGAGCAUGUGCUGGUGAAUGUGUGUGGAGAGUGGGGAAAUGGAGUUCCUGCUCUGAAUUUGUUUGGCUUAGAUUAUUCUUUAAUUUCUACUUCAGCUUCUACUUUAGCCAUCUAACAGCUGUGCAGCAAAUAUUUGGCAACUACUGAAUUGCCUUGGAUUCACCAGUGACAAUGUUGCCUCAUUUUCAGGCUUUGAUCUUGUAUGUGUCAGAAUAUGUAUAACUUCAUUAUACUUUUUGCACUUAACAGAAAAUACAGGUUAGGCUUAGGGUAUGGCAAAAUUGCAAUGUUUGUACUUUUUUUGUAAAUAUGGGGAUGAUUCUACAGAUACAAAAAUGCACUUUCAGAUAACAAUGAGAACAAGUUUGUAGAAUACAAUUGUUUAGGAGUUUCUCUGACUGCAGUGUUCCUGAUACCCAUCCAUGUCUAACACUGUGUUCUCCUUGAAAGCCUGCUUGGGGAUAGAGAUGGCUUCUCACAUUGCAGAAUGUAUUUAUAGCUGACUGACUGAAAGUUCAUGUAUGUUUUUGAGCAAAUUUGCUGCUAUUCUAAGUUUUAGGUUUUACUAGACUGCUUCUGUAAUGCAUAAAAUAAUGUUCAAGUUUUAUUUAUAAUGUCAGCAUUUACUGAUUUGACAGUUGCAGGAGACAUCCAGCCCAAAGCCUUCAUUCCUUUUGCUAUUUAAUGAUUUUGUUUUGUUGUUGUUAUUUUUUUUAGCAGUGUAGGCAUUGUAUGUGUGGAGUGCAGUGAAAUGAAUGCAAAUUACUAACCUUUACCUGCAGUUAGAGUGGCAUUUUCAAUGUUUACAGGACAGUGACUAUUGAUUGUAAACCCAUACAUGUCCACUGAAACGGUGCACUCUUCCUAUGUUUUGGAAGCAUUGUUUCUGCUUACCAUAGUAACUAAUGGAAUAGUUGCCUUCUGGUUUUAGAGUCCUGCUUAUAUUGCUUUGGAGAGAUUUGGAGUCCAUGGCUUCUCUGCCAUGGACUCACAGGACAGAAUUUGUACUGAUACAAGUGUGUUAUAUUGAGCAUGUUUUCUGAAAGAGUGACUUUAUUUUUUGUGAAGAUAAUUUAUGAGAAGGUUUUAUAGCAGAUCAGUGCUGAAAAAGUUGAAGUCUUGAAAUAACAUUUGUAGACAUUAAAGAUCUAUCCCAAAGCACAGUAUUUUUUAAUAGGGCAGUGUUACUGAUGUAGUUAUCCCUCUGAGCUCUCCUGGCAGCAUACCCAUUUAGCACGUCACUCUGCACUGGUCAAGUGUGUUAUUUAGAGGACAGCCUGAUUUCAGAAGAUAUGGCUUAAUUUAUAUUGUGCAUAUCCCCUAUUACACCUCUGGCAGCAACUCCCAAUAUAAACAUCAAUCAUACAAGGCAGAGCUUCUUCCCCAUAGAGAUCACUUCAGGUUGAAGAGCAGAGAGCCUGCCCUUGUGUUUCACUGCAGAAAGGUUACAAGUCUGGUGACUGUCUGGCACUUAGAGUACUCUCACCAUCAGAAUGUGCCCACACAAGCUCUUUUGCUUUCUGAAGGCAGGCAGGCACAAAUCAAGAGUGCCCGAGUCAGACUGUUAACACCUUGUCUCACCAUGGCAUCCAUUUCUUAGUGCUGCUUAUCUUGUCAAAUUGGGUAGCAAGAGGUGCUUGAAGUAUUACUGAGUAUUUAUUGUGUAAUUUUGGGUGCUUAUAAAGCCUUCACUGCUAUUUUAAAGCAAAAUUUGGGGAUCUGUAGCAUAGCAAUAGCUGUAUAACUCUAGCAUUCCAAACAUGCCCAAAGCAAGUUAUCCUUGUGAUAGUUUAGUUAGCAAUGGUGUAGCUAGCAGCAAUUUGUAUCUUGAAGCUACAAGUUCUGAAUAUUGGAAGACAACAUCUCUGCUUUGAAUGCAAAGCAUUAGUGUUUAUAAUUCACUAUAGAUUUCAGCAUCUCUCCUACUUACAAAUGACUGAUGACAUCUUAAUUCUUCUCGAACUAUAACGUAACUAUCGCUUAAGUAACUGUCUUUCACCUCUGGUUAUUUAAAUCAUCCAAUUUACACAGUUGUAUGAAUGCUGUUUUAUUAUUAAGAUACUCUUAAGAUGUCUCAUAGCAUUUCUUGUGAAUGUUCUGAUACUUCAGUAAUAUAAUUCUGACCCAAUAAACUAAUGUAAUCUGACAAGUUAUUGUCUAGUGCUUAUUCUUUAUGCACCUGCCUAAUUCUCAGAAAAAAAAAAAAAAAGCCUAAGUAUAAGCAUUAAAGUGGUUAAAAGUGGUUUCCACACUCUGUGCCUCAAACCAGUAAUGCAUUGUCACACAUUUACUUGUGGAUUGGUCUCAAAAACUAGCUUUUAAUGAUGUAAAUUGUUUCUCAAUGUCUGCCUUGCAAAUGAGACAUGUCACUAUAUUGUGGUAACUUGUCUGCAAACAGCAUACCUAGUGUACUAACAGAUUUUUUAAAAAGUAAUUUAUAAAAGAUUGAGUUUUCUCUUAUAUUUGAACUUCUGUUCAUCCUUGGGUUCUGUUCUUAAUACAAUUCUGUGUAUAUUUUGCAAUACGUGUUUUGUGUUUGACUGUACAUUUUGCACCAAAAUGAAAUAUUGUAUUCUAAGUAUUAUUUACAAGUUCCAGAGAUCUGUAACUAGAAUUUGCUGUGAAAAAUACAACAUCUCUUCUACCCUG